AUGGCAAUAUUAUCUAGACUCGCUGGUCGUCAUGCAAGAUUAGUCUGCCCUCGAACAUGGAAAUCAUCUACUAGACUCAUAUCGUCAAGCAGUCUGCAGAGAUACUCCGAAAUUUACCAAGCUACAAAAUUAGUUCCCACCGAUGAAUAUUUUGCUCAACCAAAGCUUACUGAGGAUUUACAACACGUUCAGACUACGUCAGAUAAAAGUGAGUCUGUGGAGAAUCGAAAAAUAAGACACUACACAGUCAACUUUGGACCGCAGCAUCCUGCUGCACAUGGUGUUUUGCGACUUAUUCUUGAACUAAAUGGCGAAGAAAUUAUCAGAUCAGAUCCACACGUCGGUCUACUUCAUAGGGGAACGGAGAAACUGAUUGAGUACAAGACUUAUCUCCAGGCUUUACCAUAUUUCGACAGACUUGAUUAUGUUUCUAUGAUGACCAACGAGCAAUGUUUCUCACUGGCGGUGGAGAAACUUUUAAAUAUCGAAAUACCUGAACGAGCAAAGUGGAUUAGGACCUUAUUUGGGGAGAUUACAAGAAUCUUGAAUCAUUUAAUGUCGGUUCUAUCCCAUGCUAUGGAUGUCGGUGCUCUUACUCCAUUUUUAUGGGGCUUCGAAGAGAGAGAGAAGCUCAUGGAAUUCUAUGAAAGAGUUUCCGGUGCUCGUCUUCAUGCAGCAUACGUGAGGCCAGGUGGUGUUCACCAAGAUAUACCUGUCGGGCUGCUCGAUGACAUCUACCAAUGGGCAACCCAAUUCGGAGAUCGCAUCGAUGAAACCGAAGAGCUUUUAACUGAUAAUAGAAUCUGGAUCGGUCGAACCAAAGGGGUCGGUGUAGUUUCAGCUGCAGACGCAUUAAAUCUUUCAUUUUCAGGUGUAAUGCUGCGAGGCUCGGGUAUACCAUGGGAUAUUCGUAAAAGUCAACCUUAUGAUGCUUACGGUGAAGUGGAAUUUGACGUUCCUGUCGGUGUCAAUGGCGAUUGCUAUGAUCGAUAUCUUUGUCGAAUGGAAGAAUUUAGGCAAUCUCUCCGGAUCAUUCAUCAGUGCCUAAACAAAAUGCCACCAGGCCCGGUACGAGUAGAAGAUUAUAAGAUUUCCCCCCCACCGAGAGCAGCAAUGAAAGAGAAUAUGGAGGCCUUGAUCCAUCAUUUCCUACUAUUUACUAAAGGAUAUACAGUACCACCAGGAGAGACAUACUCAGCAAUUGAAGCUCCCAAAGGUGAGAUGGGGGUAUAUGUCGUCAGUGACGGGAGUGAGAGGCCAUAUCGAUGCAAAAUUCGCGCACCUGGAUUUGCCCAUCUUGGAGGGUUUGAUCAAGUCUCAAGGGGACAUUUAUUGGCAGAUGCUGUAGCAAUUAUUGGAACGAUGGACUUGGUAUUUGGUGAAGUGGACCGCUAA